GGGGCCGCGCUCGCAGAGGCGCCGGCUGCGGGCAGCGAGGGAGGAGGCGGCGGCGGCGGCGGUGGGAAGAAGGCGGCGCGGAGAGUACAUGUUACCAUGGCGAUGACUGCAGGGACUACAACAUCCUUUCCCAUGAGUAACCACACCCGGGAGAGAGUGACUGUGGCCAAACUUACGCUUGAGAACUUCUACAGCAACCUAAUUAUACAGCACGAAGAGAGAGAAACCAGGCAGAAGAAGCUAGAAGUGGCUAUGGAAGAGGAAGGCUUGGCAGAUGAGGAGAAAAAACUGCGCAGGUCACAACACGCACGCAAAGAAACGGAGUUUUUGCGACUGAAGAGGACCAGGCUUGGCUUGGAUGAUUUUGAAUCUUUGAAAGUUAUAGGAAGAGGAGCAUUUGGAGAGGUACGUCUUGUUCAGAAGAAGGAUACAGGUCAUAUUUAUGCAAUGAAGAUACUAAGAAAAGCAGAUAUGCUGGAGAAGGAGCAGGUGGCCCAUAUCCGAGCAGAAAGAGAUAUUUUGGUUGAAGCAGAUGGAGCCUGGGUAGUGAAAAUGUUUUACAGCUUUCAGGAUAAAAGAAAUCUUUACCUGAUCAUGGAGUUCUUACCUGGGGGUGACAUGAUGACCUUACUAAUGAAGAAAGACACCUUAUCAGAAGAAGAGACACAGUUUUACAUUUCUGAAACUGUGCUGGCUAUAGAUGCUAUUCACCAGCUGGGAUUCAUCCACAGAGAUAUUAAACCAGAUAACCUUCUGUUGGAUGCAAAGGGUCAUGUAAAACUAUCUGAUUUUGGCCUAUGCACAGGUUUGAAGAAAGCUCAUAGAACAGAGUUCUACAGGAACCUAACACACAACCCACCAAGUGACUUCUCAUUUCAGAAUAUGAACUCCAAAAGAAAAGCAGAAACAUGGAAGAAGAACAGGCGACAGUUGGCAUAUUCUACUGUAGGAACCCCAGAUUAUAUUGCACCAGAAGUAUUUAUGCAGACUGGGUACAACAAGCUGUGUGACUGGUGGUCUUUGGGAGUGAUUAUGUAUGAAAUGCUAAUAGGGUAUCCACCCUUCUGCUCAGAAACGCCACAAGAAACUUACAGGAAAGUUAUGAACUGGAAAGAAACGUUGAUAUUUCCUCCAGAGGUGCCCAUUUCAGAGAAAGCAAAGGACUUAAUUCUAAGGUUUUGUACUGACUCGGAAAAUAGAAUUGGUAGUAAUGGAGUAGAGGAGAUAAAAGAUCAUCCAUUUUUUGAAGGAGUGGACUGGGGACAUAUCAGGGAAAGACCGGCUGCAAUCCCUAUAGAAAUCAAAAGUAUUGAUGAUACUUCUAACUUCGAUGAAUUCCCCGAAUCAGAUAUUUUACAGCCAGUGCCAAACACAACGGAACCUGACUACAAAUCCAAAGACUGGGUUUUCCUCAAUUAUACCUACAAGAGGUUUGAAGGGCUCACGCAGCGUGGCUCGAUCCCUUCCUACAUGAAAGCUGGGAAGUUGUGAAACAACACACAGACCCACAAAAGAAAUUAAAAUACAAACCUCAGGUAGCUGCAUCACCAGACCCGCUUGGCAUUAGUUAUCAAUACAUUGACUCUGGUGCGCAUCAGUUUCACAAGGAAAUUCUACAGGAUUAGGAUUUCUGAGACUACUACAGGAAUUAGUUGGCAGUGCCAGCUGGCUUUUUUUUUUUUUUUUUUAAUAUUUGAAUAUUUUUGUUAACUUUAUUAUACGAAGGUACUGGAAUAAAAGGAACGUUCAUCCCUUUGUAACUGCACUGCCUACAUGUGUAUAAUGGUUAAUUAUGCCUCUCUGUACUGUGGCUGUGUUUGUACUGUAAACCAUCUAAUCCACCCAGGAGUAAAGCAUAUCAUUUUACAGAGUAUUGUUAUUAUGCUGCUUACCUGGUGGGUUUUAGAUAUGCAGUAUAAAAAAAAAAAAUUGCCCACAUUUGCAAAACUUUUUGAGCAGUUGCUCUAGGGUGUUCCAGUUGUGGUCUGCAGGUACCCCAUGAAUGUGGCAACAUUGGAUUAUUUUAAAUAGCAGUGUCCUUGUGCCCUGCCUUCCCAAACUCCUCCCCAUCAGAGGGCUUUAUCAGCCAAUCAUUGCUGCUUCUCUUUCCUCCUUUUUCCACUGUGUAGCAGUGAAACAGUAGUCCCUGUGAUCUGUUUAGUGGUAUUUCUGCUUUAAAUUAUAGUUGAUGGGUAUGACUGUUUAAGAUGACGGUGCCUGUUGGCAGCUUCAGAAUUAAAAAAAUCUGAAUUAAAAUUAUAAGUAUUUUUAACAGAAGGGAAACUUUCCAAUACCAGAUUCUGAAGGGAUGGCAGACAUUCCAGGACUGCAGUCCUCCUCCUUCUGUAAGCCAGAUCAUAAUAUUGCUACACAUUCAAAUAGCCUUUUCUCUCUGUGCAAAAUAUAUUCUAGAAAAGUGACCAAAUAGCUGCUUUUUUUUUUUUUUUUUUUUUUUUUGUCUCUAUGAAAGUUCCAGGCAGAAGGGAUCCUGCUCUAGCCUUUUCUUUCCAGAGUACCCCAGAGCAACCUCUGCCAAGCCUGAGGAAAUGGAGUGCCCCUCUAGACUGACUUUCCUGUGGGCUCCAUCUCCUUCUGGUAUCUCCAUCUAAUGUGGACCAUGGAAUUAAAACAGUUCAGCUGAGCCUGCAGUCCAGUUUCCAGAAACUCCAAACAACCAUGACUUGAUUGAGCACAGUUUCUAAAUGCUGUUCUUGUUAUUCUACAGGAUGAUAACAAACUGACAGCAGAGAUGGGUCUCCUCCUAGUUUGAGGAAACUGCAGCAGAAAUCCUUUUGUAUGCAGGGUAUGGUUUUGCUUCUCAGCUCAGCAGCACUCCUAGAACAGUUUGCUAUUAUCUGGUUGUUGGCAGCUUUUUUCUAGAUCUCUCCCUGUACUAGCAUAUUAUCUGCAGUACUUUGAAUCUAUCACAGUACAGAUGUCUGUCUUUUCUGGUUACAAGAGGGAUUUACAUCAGUGAAAAAUUCCCCAGUAAAUGAACAUGAAUAGUCACUGUUGCUGUCAUCCUCCUUUGAACACAAGUGAAAGGCACUUUAAGGCCUCUACAGUGCCCAUAGGAGUGAAGCAUGGGAUGUUUUGGCAUGCAGGAGGAAAGACUUCAUUAGACAGACUUUUGAAGCAAAAUGGAAGUGACUAUUUAUAAAGCCAUUACAGAAAUAUUUAUUGCUGUUAGGCACCAUGGUAUUGGCUGUUCCAAAUUAUUUGCAAUAUUUUGCAACAGUAGGGUAAUCUGGUUUGUUACAGACUAGUUACUUGCAAGAUUUCUGCUCAUCAGUGUCUUGCUGAUGUGCAUGUAGCCUUCUCCAGUCCAACAGCUACGAGGUUCCUCAAGGGUUUCAGUGAUGUCUUUCCUUCAAUAUUUUGUUUUCCCUUCAAGCAUCUAAUAUCUAUUAUUUAUACAACAUUUCUAAAAAAAUUUUAGUCUUCAGCAUAUCACAGAGGAGUAGCCAUGGCCCCAGGGCCUGUUCAAUGUAUACAGUAUUAUAUCAGAACAGGGCUAAGCUCAACUUUUGUCUAAAUGCUGAACUUGUGUGAACGUUGAUCUCCCAGUUUUUCUUCCCAGACCUCACACUAAUUAACACUGCUUUACUGCCAUUGAGGCAAAAUCUGAGGGAUUUUGCCUCAGAAGCUCCCGAGAAGCUCAACCUGUAUCAAUUCAAAGGCUAUCCAAAAACAAUAAAUAACUUUAAUCCACCUUUACAUUUUCAGACUUCAGUUUACCAGUGCCCUAGCAUUUUUUGAGGUUUCUCAGGCAGUUUCUUGUCUCUAAGGUACUCAAUCCAUUCUAAGACUUGGGCAGAACAGUCCAAGAUGCAAACUUGGCCUCAAAGGACAGUGCUGUUCAACAGAGAAUUUUUAUUAGUUUAAUUUCCAGUCUCAUUCAUGGGGCACUGUGCACACCAGAAAUGGAAUUCUGGCAAACAAUGCAUUUCAAAAGACCACAGUUACUUAGUGUAAUAUAAAAAGAAGCCUUUGCUUGAACUUGCUAAGACAAGAUGUUUCAUGGAAACUGCAAAUGCUCAGUAAUACUGGUGAUUUUUUUAUUUUCUGUGGGGUUUGGAGGAAGAGAGAAAUACACACUUAAUUUCAAGCUGUCUAAUAACUAUGUGCAUACUCACUGGUUUACAAACUUGGGAAAAAGCUCAACCCUUAUAUUUGUAACACUAAAGAUUAUAGGCAUUUAAAACUGCAGAUGAUUAAUCAUAUCAGUGCUCACAUUAGGAGUUCUGUCCACAGGGAAAUGGCCUGCAGCCUGUUUAGCAUUAACUUCUGUAUUGUGGUAGUUGAUUAUUUUUUUUAACAUAGCAUUAUUUUAAUCAGUAAGUCAAGUUAAACAAAAUAUUAACUACUGCUUUUAGGACAAUAGAGAUUUUUUUUUAAAGGUGAAACUGUGGCAGUGUAAUGGAUUAAAGAGAACAGAAUGUUAAUCUACACUGGCUUUCAAAAAAUGGAAGUGCAACAUAUCUUUUGUUAUUUUUGUCUUAUUCCUUUGGAUGGUUGUGUUUUUUCCUUUGGCAACGUUUGUCACUGUGCCAUUUAUUUUUCUUAUUCUUGGAGUACCAAAGAUCCUGAAAUGGCUUGAUGAUUGCAACCAUGUGAAAAUUUAUUUUCUGAAAGUAUGUUUUGUUAACCUUUGUUAAAACGUGGAAUUGUGUAUGCAAAUUGUUAUCAGAGGUUUGCUGCGAUAUUAACCUAUUCCAGCAGGAAAAGCCUGAGUGCAUCAAGAAGUGGUGAGCCUGAAUACAGUUUCUGGAUCUGAAUGCCCAGGCACUGGGGGGGAAGCUUGGAUUGGGAAACGCAGCUGAGCUUUUGCACUUUGUUCAUCUCCAGCCAGUGCGAGUGAGUGGCCUUAGGGUACAGAACAUCAGCAGAGGUUGUUUCAUGUGCAAAAGGAUUUUUAAAAAAAAAAAAAAAAUUGCCAGCAUUCAGAAAUCAAGCAUUGUUAUCCUGCAUUUGCACUGUUAAAUUUGCCUUGCUGGAGAGUUAUAUAAGUGUUAUUUUUAUAGGUCAAUUGUUAAAAACCUGAGCCAUUGGAUACAGUAUGGAGCAUCUGACGUGGGUGGAUUCACCUCAGUGCAAAGGGGCUUGCUGGAAGCUCUCCACACUACUCAGACAGAUGGGCAUAAGCAGUACAAAGGGUGUUGUGUUGGCUCCUUCUAAAGAGGUGACUUUCCUCCUCUGCAACAGCAAGUAGGGAAUACUGCAGUUUAGCCCAGUUAUACUCUAAUGCUUAGGAAGUGCUCUCACUUUUUCAAUAAUAUGAGCAAUUACAAGCAUUGUAACAUACUGUACCUUGUCCUUUUAUUGUUGAUAUAUUACAGCAGCUUGUUCUUGGAGUCGAAAUGGCAACUGCUAUAUUUUUCUUAGACUGUUUCAUUAGUUGUGGUUGGGAAAGUUACAUAGAAGCAUUAUAAAAAUUUAUAUGAGGCUUUUUACAGCAUUUGAAAAUAAAAGUAGCAUUCUUUUUGUAAA